GGAUGAGCUCAAUGCCAUUAAAAAACACGUUUUUCUGGAGUUACUAAAACAUGUUAUAUAGUUUUAUCACUGUAAAAAAAAAAGCUGAUUUUCACACAUUUUAAUAACCCUAACCUCUGCCACAAAAAUAAGACCUCUGAACUAUGUAGUCAGAUGUCUUUAGUUUCUUUCGUUAGUUUCUCAGAUUCAGUGAAUCCGAACUAGCUUUCAUCUUUAAUAUGGUUUAUUAGAUCAGGACAGCAACAGGUUUUAUGGCUCAGUUGUUAGAGCAUGUGUGCUUUCCACAAAGUGUACAAGACAUCUCUGUCAUCAGUUUAUCCUACUAAGCACUGCAAAAGCUGUUUGUGUAUCUGUGGGGUUUGUGCUUGUUGUGUUUGUCUACUAUUGUGUGCAUUUUUAUGCGUUUAAGUGCUCAGUACAAUCACCACUACCAAUCUCUGCCUAAAUUUUGGGAUAUUUAUGUCACAGUAAAUCCUUUAUUUUUGAUUCUAUGCCUCAGAGAGUUCAUGUGUGUGUGUGUGUGUGUGUGUGUGUGUGUGUAGCUGUUUAAACAGCAAAGGCAGGGUGUAGAGCAGAGUGACCGGAGUCUUUUUUUAGAAGCUUGACUCUGUGUUGUUGACGCUUAGAUUAUUGAUCUGUUCAAUGCGCACAGUGAACGGUCACCAGCACCAUUAAAGGGUCAUCAGUAUAAAGGAUAAUCUUCAAGCUUCGUGAAGAAAGCAACACAUGCAGGUAACAUUCAACAAACGUGAAUAAAAAAGUCGUUACUUUGGUUAUAAAUAACCUAGUAUUGGAGUGCGAUGCAUUAUCAUCUGUCAGGGAUAGACCAGGCCGUGCUGUAUUCAUGACAAAUGAAACAGCCUUCUAAGCCUCAGUAAUGAAAGAUUGAUUUUUAAAAUGAGUCUGCAGUCAACUUUCUAACAGAUCCAUCACUGCCACCACACUCUGGCAUGUUAUAGGAAAAUGUGUUGAGACAUUUAAAAGGAGCAGCAAUUCAUUUCGCUUGUGAAAUGAUCGUAAUAAAAAAUAAUCUUGUCAUGGUCCAUCCUGGUUUACUCUGGUAAACUCUUGUGACUCAAUGCAUCCCUUCACAGCUGCCAUCGACCUGUGUUGUGAGUUUUUGGAUUGUUUUGGAACAAAGCCAACACACAUACAUCCAGAUCAUGGAACAUGAGAGUGCCAUCUCAGCACCGGCUAACCAAUCACAGUACAGCAACACCUCCCUGGUAUCUGAUUUGUUGACGAAAUCUUCGGAGUACAGCGAUGUAGAGCUGGUGCUGCUGGGUGUUGCAAUGGGUAUUCUGGUUCUGGCCAUAGUGUUUGGUAACGUGCUGGUGAUCACCGCCAUCCUGCGGUUCCAGCGGCUCCAGACAGUCACCAACUUCUUCAUUGCCUCACUGGCGGUGGCUGACCUCAUCAUGGGUUUGGUCGUGGUCCCCUUUGGCUCCAGCUACAUCCUGCUUGGAACUUGGCAGUUUGGAAACUUCAUGUGUGAAUUCUGGACAGCAACCGACGUGCUGUUUGUGACGGCCAGCAUCGAAACCCUGUGUGUGAUUGCUGUGGACCGCUACCUCGCCAUCACCUCGCCGCUUCGCUACCCGAUGCUACUCACCAGGGGUCGGGCCUUUGCCGUGGUCCUCGGGGUUUGGGCAGUGGCCUCCCUCAUCUCCUUCCUGCCCAUCCAUCUGGAGUGGUGGGUGUCAAAAGAUGAACAAGCGCGCAAAUGCUUGGCCGAUGAGUACUGUUGUGAUUUCAACACCAAUGCAGCGUAUGCGGUUUCCUCCUCAAUCGUGUCCUUCUACCUUCCACUGGUGGUGAUGAUUUUCCUGUACACCCGUGUCUUCCAGGAAGCUCAGAAACAGCUGGAGAAGAUCAGAGGGAGGGAGAGGCACUUCAAUAACUUGCAUUACACUGCACAGCUGACUUAUGCCGAUAAUAGUCAUGCAAUGAAUAAACUGCCAGGAAGUGAGGUGGACGAAGAAGAAGCGGGAGAGGACAGACUAAACAUGCAGCAAACAGGAGGUAUAGACAAUGUCAAAGUGGAAAAGUCUGGUGAGAACAGAGCAAGGACAGAAAAAGGGGAAGGAAGACACUCUGCUGCAAAGCGCCUUAAGUUCUGUCUGAAGGAGCACAAGGCUGUGAAAACUCUGGGGAUCAUCAUGGGAACCUUCACGUUGUGUUGGCUACCCUUCUUCAUCCUAAACAUCCUUGUGACCUUCCUCGAAUUGGGGGAUAUCACGCUGCUCUUCAGACUCCUCAACUGGCUAGGAUACUCCAACUCAGCCUUCAACCCACUCAUCUACUGCCGCAGCCCCGACUUCAGGCACGCUUUCCAAGAGGUACUCUGUUUAAGGAGCAGAUGGGGGAGCGGGGGACGGAGGAGGGGAUGGGGAUGGUGCAGGGACAGAGACUGUUACGCCAAGCCCCCAGGUAGGACCAAUGGGAACUCAGACCUGAACGGUGUCAGGCGGCUGGACAUUCAGCAGAGGUCAGGGUGGAAGGGCAGUCUGGAGAGCUCUAUCCAGGACAGCUCACUAACUCUGGCUCAUCCGGCUUCUUGCCAUGAGCAGGUUUUAGAAGUAGCUCCUGGUUCCCUGACCAACUGGGAGGCUAACAGUUCUGCUAAUGGGAGCUGUGAGGAAAAUCUGGCUUCUAUUGCUUGACCAAUUACGACAUUAGACUUUACACUCUGUGUGCUGUGAGCAUCAAUUUAAUGGAGCUCACAAUGUUGGUUUUGGGUUGAGAACGACUCACAUUUCACAUCACUGGCCGUCUUUACAGCUGUAUUAUUCCCAAUAACAGCUACACAAGUGAACUAUGUUUAACAGUAUUUGUCAUUUGGAAAAGUGUCAGGUCACCCUUUAAGUGAAGGCAUAAUAACACAACAUAUUGAGGUACAAUGACGCUGAACACAAUGCAAAAGUAGACAAAAAGUACAGCUUAAAAUAUAAUGAUAACAGCAGCAAAGUGAAACUAAACAUUACGAGCUUCCCCAUAUUGGGACAAUGGGUCUAUUAUUGGAAGAUGUCUCUUAUUUUGUUCACCCCCAGUUUAUACCAACAUAAAGGUGAUGUCAAUACAUUGCUUAUCUCUGAAUUACAGGACAAGUAUAUGAGUAAAAUAUGUGAGGACAAUUCUGACGAAUGUGAAUGACUGCUUACCACCAAUGGUAAAAGAGUCAGACUGUAUUGAGCAACAUCUACCGUGGGUACCAUAGUUAUUGUAUUGCUCAAAAACAGUUUGGCACAACCAGCCAAAUCCUAUCAAGCAAAGAUUAUAAAAUGCAUUUUGUUUGCCAUGUAGCUAUAAAGUCUUAUUUGAAAUAAUGAAAUAACCUGCUUAGAUUUGUGUUUUUCAUUCCUGCCGGAUAAACAUUACAUCUGGUCCAAGAUCAUUUCCUGGUGUAGUUCUGUCAGACAUCUGACUCAUAACUUGGUGUUCACUUUCUUUUAUCACAAAUUAGCUGGAACCAUUUCUCCAUCUCUCCAAACAAUCAGCAUGUACUUGCUUCUAUCCGAUCAUAUUUUAUUUCCAUAUAAUAUUAUCUUUCAUACUGAUCUGGGGAGAUCACUUGCAUGCAGUGGGAUGUGGUUUUAUAACACUGCCAAACACUGUGUGUGUAUGUGUGUGUGUGUGUGUGUGUGUGUGUGUGUGUGUGUGUGUGUGUAUGUGUGUAUGUGUGUGUGUUUGUGUGUGUGUGUGUGUAAAAUUAUACCUGAAUAAGUUAUUGAGGGUCAAUAUGUGAAGUAAAUAUGAUCUGUACAUGUGUGUGUCUGUCUGUAUGUUUUGUGUAUUUCUGAGAUUCAAACAUGCCAUUGAAUAUUUAUAAUUAACUGUCAUGUGUAUGAGACUUGGAUUAAACUAACUGUUGGAAAAUAUAUUUUUUAAAUAUCAACAAAAAAGAACAACAAAGUAGUUUCAUGUUGUAUCAUGUUUGUUAUUGCAUGUUUAAGCAGCACUGAAACAUGAGUCUCCACUCACACAAUUAUAUUUAGCUGUAUAUUUAUCUUGAAUUACUUCGACAAACUAAAGGUUGUCAGGUGUUUAGCUUUUAAACAAAGGAGUGGAUUGUAUGUUCUACCUCCAUCACAUGAAUGUCUCCUCAUCUCUGAAAAUAUGAAUUCAUAAGCUGUUCGAUAUUUUUGUGAGUAAAAUAAUGAACUUUUGACAUUGUACUGUUUGUAUCUGUGCGUGAUCUCAAGAGGCAGGCAGAGAGAGAGAGAGAGAGAGAGAGAGAGAGAGAAGAUGAACAUGAGCUUGAUAUUUCAUAGCUUGCUUUCAAACAAACAGAUCAGGGUAUUGAGGUUAUUUGGGCCAAACGAGCAGCUGACUUUAUGAUUGGAUCUCAAGGAAAUUACAUUAUUAUUUUCUGGUACAAAUUAUCAGGAAACACAGUUUGUUAGACUGGGUGCUAAUCUAAUGCUUUCUUUUGUAGCAUUGGCGCUGACUGACAAUACACAAAGGUUCGAAGAGAAACAGUGGAACCGCGAACAUGCGGUUGGCCAUGCAGAACAUUCAUCUGAAAAUCUAAUAUCGUUUUCAUAAGGCAUGACAAUAAAAAAAUAAAUAAUAAUCACUAAUAAAAAUCAAAUCAAAAGGCUCUUUGUCAACAACAAAAAAUGUGACCAGGAAAUGUGAUUCCCGUCACGCUGCAACUUUAACCUUUUUAACUAAGCCCAUUGGACAGAGGCCUUUUGUGCUUAUUCAGUCAUCCAAGUUAGUCAUGAAGA